AUGGGUGGAAAUUCACCCUGUGCUUCCUGCAAGCUGUUACGGCGUCGAUGCGCCAAGGACUGCAUUUUUGCCCCUUACUUCCCCUCCGACGACCCCCAUAAGUUCGCCAUCGUUCACAAGGUCUUUGGUGCUAGCAAUGUCAGCAAAAUGUUGCAGGAGCUUCCGGUUCAUCAGAGAGGGGAUGCAGUGAGCAGUCUAGUCUACGAAGCGAAUGCGCGGAUGAGGGACCCUGUGUACGGGUGUGUUGGCGCCAUAUCUUACCUGCAAAACCAGGUGUCUCAGCUCCAAAUGCAGCUAGCAGUGGCUCAAGCAGAGAUACUUUGCAUCCAGAUGCAACAAGAGACUCCCAUACCAACCACUCCACAGAUAGUUGACUCAGAUCAUCAUCAUCAUGACGCGACAACAUCUUUUUAUCUCCACAACAACGUUAACCUCCCUCAGUACCUCAACUUUGCCUCUUCUAGCAAUGUAAUCCAUGACUCUCUCAAAAGAGAGCCUCUCUUUGGACAUGACAUGGUUUCUUAUACUUGA